AUGUCGGUAACUCGUUUCAAGCUGGUCUUCAACGUGCCUACGACAGCCCUCGAGGCGUGCAAAGCCGCCAUCUUCGCGGCGGGGGCUGGCAGCUAUCCAGGCCCAGGGAACUACACCGAAUGCUGCUUCACCACCAUAGGAACAGGCCAGUUCCGUCCUGGAAAGUCGGCAAAUCCUCAUAUUGGCAGCGUGGGAGCGCUCGAGGAGGUUCAGGAGGCGAGAGUCGAGACGCUCUGUGUUGGUGAAGAUGUCGUUAGAAAGGCGGUUGCUGCGCUGAAGCAGGCACAUCCAUAUGAGGAACCGUCAUACGACGUGUUUAGGAUGGAAGACUUUUAA